GACUGAGUAUGUUUGCACAUGUCAAAUCAUUUGUGCCGUGGUUUGAAAAUUUGAUGAUAUAACACUUCCAUCAAAGGGUUUAUUUUAUAUUCUAUUCGAAAAUGCGUUCUAUGGGUGAUAGUAUUCCUGAAAUUAAAAGUUUAACUGUGAAAGAGGUGCCUGCAGGCAGUACAGCCGUGUUGAAUUGUCACAGCAAUGAUUUAGACCAUAAUUUUAUGUUUUGGUUGUUCAAUGGUACAGAUGUGAUUGGACCAGGAAAUGUUUAUAAUGAACAGAAAUAUAAAUAUGAAGUCCUCUCCGGAAAGCUCCAUAUUCAUGAUGUUUCUCCAAGGGAGUCAGGGUACUACCACUGCAUAUCAAAGAAAUUGAAUGGCGUUGGGUACACUGUUGGGCAGGUUGACAUGAUAGUGACUGGCUCAACAUUCUCUGCUAUAGAUGCCGUCAAGCUAGUAGCUAUAGUACUCUCUAUUGUAGUAAUAAUUGGCUGUGCUGUACUGUAUUAUAAUUUAAGGAAGGACUGGAAAAGAUAUGAUGGCAGGGCGGUGUUACCAGUGGAUGAAAUAGAUGAUGAUGAUGCAGAUGGAGAAGGUGAUGAGAUAUAUAACCGUACUACCACACCAACUACUAGUCAACAACGGCCACCCAGUCAGCCGGCCCCAGGGCCAAGCAGGAACCUAUCAUCAGAACAUCUUCUAUAUGGAAUAGAUAAUCAGGGCUUAGACACAGACUUCAACUCAGUGUUUGAAAAUAUACAAAUAAAGUCACCACAGGCAAGUCUGAUUUGAAACUAGCAAA